CAGAGGUUACAUAAAAUGGAUGUUUCUCACACUAGAUACUGAAUACUAAGUAGAAAACCUAAUUAGUGAAAUCUAAGCUGCCAUGGAAGAAAUACCAGUAAAAGUUGCUGUAAGAAUUAGACCUCUACUUUGCAAAGAAGUUCUUCAUAAUCAUCAAGUGUGUGUGAGAGUUAUUCCAAACACCCAGCAGAUUAUCAUUGGGAGAGAUAGAAUCUUUACCUUUGAUUAUGUCUUUGGCAAAAGUUCCACUCAAGAUGAAGUGUAUAACACGUGUAUAAAACCACUAGUGCUGUCACUCGUUGAGGGCUAUAAUGCGACAGUUUUUGCCUAUGGACAAACUGGAUCGGGGAAGACAUACACCAUUGGAGGAGGCCACAUUGCUUCAGUUGUAGAGGGCCAAAAAGGUAUCAUUCCUCGUGCUAUUCAAGAAAUAUUUCAAAACAUCUCUGAAAAUCCUAACAUUGACUUUAAUAUAAAAGUGUCUUACAUAGAAGUGUACAAGGAAGAACUCCGAGAUCUUCUGGAAUUGGAACCAUCUUCGAAGGAUCUUCAUAUCCGAGAAGAUGAAAAAGGAAACACAGUGAUUGCUGGGGCUAAGGAAUGCCCGGUGGAGAGUGCAGAUGAAGUAAUGAGCCUCCUGGAGAUGGGGAAUGCAGCCAGACAUACUGGAUCCACCCAAAUGAAUGAGCAUUCCAGUAGAUCACAUGCCAUUUUUACCAUCAGUAUUUGCCAAGUGGAGAAAAAUAUGGAGGUAGCUGAAGACAGAUUGUGGCAAUCCCCUCGGCAUAUUGUUUCAAAGUUCCACUUUGUGGAUUUGGCUGGAUCAGAAAGGGUAACAAAAACGGGAAAUACAGGUGAACGGUUCAAAGAAUCCAUCCAGAUCAACAGUGGAUUGCUGGCUUUAGGAAAUGUCAUAAGCGCUCUAGGGGACCCUCGCAGGAAGAGCUCACACAUCCCAUACAGGGAUGCUAAAAUAACGCGGCUUCUGAAGGACUCCCUGGGAGGCAGUGCCAAGACUGUCAUGAUCACAUGUGUCAGCCCAUCUUCCUCCGAUUUUGAUGAGUCCUUAAAUUCUCUCAAAUACGCCAACAGGGCCCGGAACAUUAGAAACAAACCCACAGUCAACUUCAGCCCUAAUUCAGACCGUAUGGAUGAAAUGGAACUCGAGAUUAAGUUGCUCCGAGAAGCUUUGCAAAGUCAGCAGGCCAGUAGCAGCCGGACUAGCCAGACCCAUUCUGAGGGAACUCCUCAUAAAAAUAGGAUACAUUCUCUUGAGGAGCUCGUAGUCCAACUACAAGGAGAAUGUCUGGGUUAUCAAAAUUGUCUAGAAGAAGCUUUUACCUUCCUGGUGGACUUAAAAGAUGGUGUCAGACUCAAUCAAAAGCAACAACACAAACUGCAGGAGUGGUUCAAUAUGACCCAAGAGUUGAGACAGGCAGCCCCCACUCCAUGCAGACACCAGGGUAUUGGAAACGUGGAGGAAGGACCACAGCACAUUACAAUUCUCCAACUGAAGAGAGAGCUUAAAAAAUGCCAGUGUGCUCUUGCUGCUGAUGAAGUAGUAUUUAAUCAGAAGGAUGUGGAGAUGAAGGAACUGAAGAAUCAAGUGCAGAUGCUGGUACUAGAAAACAAAAGCCACAUUCUAUCAUUGAAAGAAGCACAAAAAGUAAAUAGAUUGCAGAAUGAAAAAAUAAUAGAACAACAACUUCUUAUGGAUCAACUGAGUGAAGAACUAACAAAACUUAACCUAUCAAUGACUUCUUCAGUGAAGGAAACUUGUGGAGAUGGGCCAGAUGCCAAGAUACUUGAAAAGAGACCGUUUACUGUACCAUUUGAUAAUCAUUUGAAGCAUUAUAUUUAUAUCCCAGCAAGACCAGAUUCCAGGAAGGUCUACACAAGUCCUAUGUACUCUCUGGAUCGAAUAGCUGCUGGGUUUCGAACACGAAGUCAGAUGCUGUUGGGUCACUUAGAAGAACAAGAUGAAGUCCUCCACUGCCAAUUUUCUGAUAAUAGUGAGGAUGAAGAAGUAGAAGGCCAGGAGAAAUCUGGAUUUAGACGACGUAGAAGUCUCCCAGUGGUUCAGAAGCUAAGCCCUGUUUCUUCUCUUGUUGAAUUGACUGAUACUCAGGGUCAAACACACAAGUCGACUUUGACAAAUGAAGAUGCAAAGAUUGAAUGUCUUCAGGAAAGUCAAGAGUUAAAUUUGCAAAAAUUAAGGAAGUCUGAACUCUUACUCACUGAAGCUAAGCAAAAAAUGAGGGAACUUACAAUUAAUAUCAAGAUGAAGGAAGAUCUUAUUAAAGAACUGAUAAAAACAGGUAAUGAUGCCAAGUCUGUAAGCAAACAGUAUUCUCUGAAAGUAACAAAACUAGAACAUGAAGCAGAACAGGCAAGAGUGGAAUUAACAGACACACAAAAGCAGCUGCGGGAACUGGAAAACAAAGAUCUUUCUGAUAUUGCUUUGAAGGUAAAAUUACAGAAGGAGUUCCGUAAAAAGAUGGAUGCUGCAAAGCUGAAAGUCCAGGUUUUACAGAAGAAGCAACAAGACAGUAAGAAAUUGGCAUCACUUUCUAUCCAAAACGAGAAACGUGCUAACGAACUAGAGCAGAAUGUAGAUCACAUGAAAUAUCAAAAGGCACAGCUGCAAAGACGACUUCGAGAAGAAAAUGAAAAAAAGAAGCAACUGGAUACAGAAAUUAAGCGGGAUCAACAAAAAAUCAAAGAACUGCAGUUAACAGAACAACAGGAAGAACUGAAAGCUGAGGACCUUGGUGAAUUUAAUCUGAUAAGGAGAAAAGGGUCUUUUGGAAAUAUAGACCAGCUCCAGAAAUUUGAUGAGAAAAAGAAAUGGUUAGAUGAAGAAGUUGAGAAAGUGCUGAACCAGCGCCAAGAAUUAGAGGAGCUGGAAGAAGACUUAAAGAAACGGGAGGCCAUAGUGUCUAAGAAGGAGGCUCUGUUACAGGAGAAGAGCCUGUUGGAAAACAAGAAGUUGAGAUCUAGCCAGGCCUUAACCACAGACAGUUUGAAAAUAACAACUCGCCUGAACUUGUUGGACCAAGAGUUAUCUGAAAAAAGUGUGCAACUCCGGAGUAGCACAACUGAAGAGAAAACGGAGCUUUCUGCACAAGUGCAAGCACUGCAGAAGGAAAAGGACCAGUUACAGAGACAAAAAAGUAGCGUGGAUGAGAAACUUAAACAUGGUAGAGUGUUGUCACCUGAAGAAGAACAUAAUCUUUUCCAACUUGAAGAAGGAAUUGAAGCUUUGGAAGCUGCGAUUGAAUAUAAGAAUGAAAGUAUCCAGAGUCGGCAGAACUCACUUAGAGCUUCGUUUCAACACCUUUCUCAUAGUGAAGCAAAUGUCUUGGAAAAACUAAUUUGCCUGAAUCCUGUUGAGAUCAGAGCUGUUCUUUUCAGAUAUUUCAAUAAGGUGGUUAAUUUGCGAGAAGCUAAACGGAAACUACAGUUGGAGAAUGAAGAAAUAAAAGUGAAAGUUCUGGAACAGGAUAAUGCAGUUCGUGAGCUGGAAUCUGCACUUGAGCAUCUGAAAUUGCAGUGUGACCGGAGACUGACCCUCCAGCAAAAGGAGCAUGAGCAAAAGAUGCAGUUGCUGUUACAUCAUUUUAAAGAAUCAGAUGGGGAAGGCAUUGUGGAGACCUUUAAAACCUAUGAAGAUAAGAUUCAGCAGCUGGAGAAAGAUCUUUAUUUCUAUAAGAAAACUAGCAGGGAUCUUAAGAAGAAUCUUAAGGAACUGCUGGGGGGAGCAAUUCAACGACAACUGGCACCAUCAGAAUAUCAUGGUGCGGGGGAUGGGUCCCUGAAUCCAGAAGCAAGCAUGCUUUUAGAAGAAUUAAAAUUGGAACCUGGAACUGAAAAUAUGAAUUCAAGUAGAAAAGAAAGAGAAAUAGAUAGCUCUGCAAGCAAUUUAAGGACCCAAUCAAAUCCUCCCAAGCUUUGUGAAGAGGGCGCAGAAUUACCUCAAAUGUAUAACUCUCUAGCACCCACUAGUGGGCAUUUAUUAAGCAAUGAAGAUAAAACAGAAAUGGAUGAAAAUCCAUUUACAAAAUCUCAUAAACAGUCACCACAAAUUCCACCAGUGGGAAGUGUGGGGCAGCUUCAUGGAGUGACUCCUGUAAAGCUGUGUCGCAAAGAGCUCCGUCAGAUUUCUGCCUCGGAACUCUCCCUGCGGCGUUCUGGCCUCGGAGCUGGGGUCGGAUCAGUGACUGCUGAUUCCCUUGAAGUCGCUAGGAAAACAAGUGACUCCCAAACUUAGCCAUUUAGGAACAGAACUUUUAACUUAGCGGAUAAGUAAAAUACUCCUUUUCCUAAUUUGUUAAAAAAUUAAAGCUGAAGCUCGCUAGUUCUUCCCUCAGGUAAAAGAAAGACGGGAAGGAAAGCAUCUCUAGUCCUUUUGCAUACUCUAGAGGCAUUUGUCUUCUAUAGUAUAUUUGAGAAGUUUUAAUUGAUAUUUCCGUAAUAACCAAAGGAACACUUUCCAGAAGUAAUACCUAAAUAUUUUCACAUAAGUUUGCUUACAUUUUUUCUAGGCAUACUUAAAAAACAAAACUGCUUAGAGUAGAAAAACCCAUCAGACAUAUAUUGUUAUAUACCAUAAGAACUUAUUUUUAUAUUAUAGCCUAUUAGAAUAAUCAUAUUACUGUUAGUCUGCGGUUAUAAUAGAAUAACCAUAUUAUUGGUAUUGUGGUGAGAUGGAUCACUUUUCUGUUUUUAUGUAUGCUCUUGAAAUUCCUGCCAGAUGACUGGGUGGAACUAUGCAAAUAAGGCGCUUGUGGCCUACCAAGAGGAUUGAACAACUUGCUAAUAAGGCAAAUUAGGUUCAUGGCACCUUUGUGAGGGCUGAGAGAAAUUAGUUACAUGGAAACCUAGCAAGGGGAUUGGUCAGUUUGGCUAUCGUUCUAGGCUUAAAAUGAGCCAUCCAGAGGCAGAAAUGGGAGACCUCACUAUCACCAAGAAAGAUGAGCUAGGAGGAAGUGUGUCCUUUGGAUCCUGCCCUGAGAACCUCCUGGACUCAGAAGACUGCUAUAGAGCUGGAGACAGUAAGAGGCAGCAACAGAGAAAUAAGGGCAGUAGGAGAUGGUACAAUGGGCUUCCUGGCUCAUAAGGUGAAAAAGCCGAGUGCCUUUAGGCAGGAGACGAGCUGGUGGAGCGGUGCAUCUAAGCAAUUGGUGGAGUUAAAGAGCUUUGUAGCACUUGCCCAAGCAGAGCAGAGGCUGAAAAGGCCCUCAAAGCUUUAGAAGACAAGGAGAGGUCUGCCUGUGAGCCUAACCAAUGAACUGUCCUGACCACUGAACUCUAGAAUUUUCUGAGUCUUCCCAAGUCUUGAAUUGCAACGUGAUAAUUUUUCUAAUAAACCCACAAUGGUGAGUAAAGUCUGUGAGUUUGGUGUAGCCAUUCGAUGAAUUAUCAAACCCAGCAGAGAAGUAGAGAAUGCCAUGGGUGGGGAUGGUUGGUGUCAGAAUUGGUAAAAAGGUUUGAAAGGUUGAUGCUAGUAGUGAUCAUAUGCCCCCAUCAUGCCACUUUUACAUAUUCUCUAAUAUUUUUCCUUUUUUUUUUUAAGUGUUAACUUCUGACUGUGUUAGAGUGUGGCAGCGUGUGCAUCUGUUUUGAGGUCAAUUGAAGUUCCUCAGAGCCCACAGAAGUUGUAUGAUUAGUCUUGACUUCUUAAACCUGGUGCCAGCCUUUUUUUAAGAAUUGUUUUUCAUUAAUAGUGUUUGCUAAUAUUAUGAAAAUACGUUUUCAUCUCUCCUGCGCUAUUACACUACUGAAAUGGAAAGCAAUGGAUACAAUUUAUGGAAGACAGAUAAUUAGAACACUAACAGUUCAAGGACAGAACUUUAAUUGUGACAUGAUUUGGUUAUGUGCAGCUUGGAGCUUAAAAAUCUAGCUGGAAGAUAUUUAGCUAAUAAUUUGACAGGUUAAAACUUGAGAUUUUCCUCUACAACCUGCUAAAGUCACUGUGGCUCAUAAACAAACAGGCAGGUCAGACUACUAUAGGGCUUUAAUAUGUAGUGGAGUUUUUACUAAAAUUUUUCUUAAAGAAUUUUGUUGUUUAAAUUUCGUUAUAUAAUGUGCAUCCCAAUUUGCAAUUAAGAACUAAACAUCGAGAUAUUUACUAAAUAUAGCUUGUACUUUUUCUUCAUAUUUUUCAAUCACAGGUGAUAUCCGACCAUAAUGACCUUCAAAACUGAGGUAUUACUUGGUUAUUUUUCCACACUUUCACUUGUAAGCCUAAGCUGAGUUUUUUAAACUAAUGUUUGUGUGUAGGAGCAGCAAAACCACUGUGAUCAAUGGAUGCCUACUCAAGAGUACUCACUUCGACUUAUUUUAUUAUCUAAUUUUUUUUCUUUUGCCCUUUCCUCGAUUGCUAUGGGCCCUAUCUCAUGUAGGACCCAAACUGUCAUCAUGUGCUCAAAAACUUACAGCUUCUAGACAGUAGUUUAUAUCAUCUGGCGUGUAGGGCUCCCUGGGCCUCGCUGCUAAAACCCAGUCUAUGGAAAAACAAAUAAAUAAACUUCAAAAUUGA